AUGGACGAUUCCCUGCUGAAGUUCUCCUUGCGUCUGUACAAGCAAGUCCUGUGCCAAAACAACCAGAUUGAUAACGUCGUCUGUUCGCCCAUAAUUAUCGCCUCCGCGAUCUCCAUGCUGCUCGCUGGCGCCCGCAGCAAAACUGCCAAGGAACUGUACGGCUUGCUCAAUGUAAAGGCGAGCGUCGAUAAAUUGCGCGACUAUUUUUCUGCGCUUCUCGCCGACCUGACUACAUACGCUCCCGAGGCCUCCUUCUGCGUGGCAAGCCGGAUAUACAGCGAGAAGCAGCUUCCGGUGCAAGCCGGCUACAUCUCCCUUCUGCAAAAUUUCUUCGGGACGACUCUCAAGUGUGUCGACUUCAGGAAAAGCCAUGAAGCAGCGCGGCAGGAAGCGAACGCGUGGAUAUCGCAGGAGACGACCUCCAAGAUUCGGGAACUUCUCCCGCCGGGAAUCGUCGACGCCGAUACAGCGUCGAUCCUGUUGAAUGCCGUCUACGUCCAGGGAUUCUGGCAGUCUCCCUUCCAGUGGAGAAAUACCAGACCGCAAGAGUUUCACGUGGACUCCGGGAACAGCGUCGUGGUAGACAUGCUUUACCAGGAGCGUACCUACAGGCUGGGACACUCAGAUGCUCUGAGGGCGAGGGCCCUGGAGAUCCCAUGCAGAGGUCUGAAGGUGUCCAUGGUCGUCGUCCUUCCAGAUGCCCCGGAUGGACUCGGUCUUCUCCAGGAGAGACUAACUCUCACCAGGCUCUGCGCGCUUCUGUCCAGCCUCAACAUGGUCAUGAAUGUGGAACUGAGUCUUCCCAAGUUCAAACUCGAUAGCAGCAUACUGCUGAAGGACAGCCUCAGCGCCCUGGGCGCGAAGGAGGUGUUCGCUCCUGGCUGCGCUGACCUGUCGGGUAUAUUUGAGACUGAGCGGCCGGCGGUCGCUAAUGUGGUUCACAAGACGUUCGUGCAGGUCGACGAGGGAGGCAUGGACGCGGCGUGUUGGAGCGCCCUGACGAGGCCGGCGUGUUGUGCAACGAUACCCCUUUACACCACGCGAUUUGUCGUCGACCAUCCGUUCAUGUUCCUUAUCAAGGGCAACGACCCGGAUGUGAUAAUUUGUCUAGGUUCUGUGCGGAGGCCAUGA